UGGCGGUGGUGGUGAUGGUGAUGGUGGUGGUGGUGUCGGGGGGCCUCCGUCCACUCAAGGCUCCCUAAGGACUCACGGCUCAUAAAGUUGCAGCCUUGCCCCUCCUUCCCUCCCUCUUUCCUCCAGGGCGUCCCUGCUUUCCCUCACCCACACCCUCACCCUCCAGACAUCCCUGAGCUAAGGGCGGGAGGGGCAGCCAUUUUACAUCCUGAGGAGCCUCGCCUUCAGGAUGCCACCUUGACCCGGGAAGAAUAAGUGAUGACGUCCAUGGCACAGGAGAGCCACUGUAACCUGGCACCCGAGAUGGCACCACCUGCAGCGAGCGGCACCUCCGCGGCAGGCGCCGGGAUUGGCCGUAGCGCCACGGGGGGCGGGACUAUUGAUCGCGGGCGGCCGCUGAGUGGCGGAGGGCGGCGGAAUGGCCUCAGUCAGAGAGUGGAGGCAGCUGUGAGGGCGAGGGUUGGUGUGUUGUCUCGCUGUCCGUCUGCAGUGCCGCGUCGAGACACCAUGAAGCCCGACAAGCCCACCAAGGACCGGGACAUUCUGCGGGCACACUGCGCCAGGCCCCUCAAGGCGUCCCCACAGCCCACUGCCUCGUCCUCCUCCUCGUCCUCCUCCUCCUCCUCUUCGUCUUCUUCUAGCGGCGAGGCGUCCUCCAGUUCCCAACCCGCGGAGGCGCCUGGCGGUGAGGCUUCCGGCGGGGAGGAGAGUCGCGGAGCGGAGAUGCGGCUGUACCUGGACAAGCUUCGGGAGCUGGUGCCCACCGUGCCACGCAGUGGCAAGCUGUCCCGUGUGCGUCUCAUACACUCCGCCAUCGACUACAUCACUGAUCUGCAGGAAGCUCUGGAGGCGCGCACCCGCAGGAAGCUGAGGGAUAAACAGGGUCAGGCGCCGCGCCAGCCCCUCGCUGCCCUUGCCCCAGCACAGGUGGAGACCAACACCCCGCGGGCUUCGCCCCUCUCAGAGACAUCCGCCAACAGGCUACCCUCCACCAGCGGCAGGAUCCCGCCCACAUCCGCCGCCGUGGAGCUCGGCCGCCCCGCUCCCCCCCUAUUGGGCUGUCUCCCCUCCACCAGCGGUAGCAGCAAUAGCAACAACAUCCUCGCCAACAGAAAUAACAGUAACAUCAGUAGUAACAACAACAACACCACCAGCAGCAGUAGCAGUAGCAGCAGCAGCAAUAGUAGUGGUAGCAGUGGUAACAGCAGUGUGGGGAUACCGUUCCUGGCCGCCGUGCCUGUGCCGCCGCAGGACCCGUGCUAGUAGCUCCCCGGAUGACAAUGACAACAGCCUCUCGCAACAACUCGUGGACCUGCUGACGGAGGUGCUGCUGGUUCUAUUCAUGCGCCUCCAAUGUGUCGUGUGUCUCUCCGCCGCUAUGACGGCGCGUCCUCACCUGCGUCAGGGUUGCCCAUCCACAUGGGGCUCCCCGCCACUCAGUUCACAAGCCAUGCAUGGCUUGGCCUGUCGUGGUUGUGCUCGCGUGAGGUAGAGUUUGUGAUACUACGCCUGCCUUGGCACCUCGGUCACUCUGGAGAGUGUAGCUGAACACGUGUCCUGUGGUACGAACCCCAGGGAAACGUAUCCUUGGCACCACACCUGACCAGCCUGGCGCCAGGCGAGAUGCCACACGUGUGUAGUGUUCAGUGCCCAGGUGGCUGCAGAAUAUCAGAAUAUCGGGGAUCCCUAGCCCACCUGCAGCUGUGAGGCGCUCCAAAGUCACCGCCCCUGGUGUUACUGCCUCAGCUUACCCUGCAGACAGACACUUUCUGGGCCAGUGUGUGUGUGUGUGUGUGUGUGUGUGUGUGUGUGUGUGUGUGUGUGUGUGUGUGUGUGUGUAAGUAAACAGAAGUCAAGAGUCGCACCCAGCGUAACCUGACCUGACCUGCAGUAUUGCCAUGGUGACCAGGCUGAGGAAGGCCACUGACUAUCCUCGCCAAACGUGUGUGUGUGUGUGUGUGUGUGUGUGUGUGUGUGUGUGUGUGUGUGUGUGUGUGUGUAGGUACUCGCUCACCAACUUGACUGAAAAGAUAGAUAUUCCUCAAGAGUCAUUCCAUGCAAAGAUAUAGUGGUGAAAAUGUGGUGAUGACUGUGGUAGUAACAGUGCGGUGAUUGUGAUGUGGUGAUGCCACUGCUGUGAUGUCCUGGUAUUGGUGAUGACAGAGGAGCAAGUAAUCGUGAUGAUGGUGGUGGAAGAAGCAGAAGUAGUAACGGUGAUGAAGUUGGUGAUGUAGUGACAGUAGUGUUGUUGGUGGUGAAGGAAAUGGUGUGGGUAGCGCUGACAAUGGCACAUGUGAUGAAGGAGGUGAUGAUGAUGGAGGUCACAGGUGUGAUUCACGUGAGGUAGAAGAAGAGGUCAAGGCGGUGGUGAUGACAAUGGUGGUGGUGGCAGUGAUGUUUUUUUUGCAACAGAGAAGGCCUAGAUCAGGAAACAUGAAAGCAAGGGAAGCUGCGAGAAACCAUCAGGCCAACGCGUGGCAGUCCCUGUAUAAAAACAUCUACGUUUUUCCACCAAUAAUCCCCAUUCAUGAAUUUAUCUAACGUUACAAAAUACCAAUCUUAUUUCUACCUAUCGUUCCUAUCCGAAGAUUUGCCUAACCUUUUAAAAACACGCCUACCUAUAUUCACCUAUCAUCUCUACGGUACCUAUGAAUUUGUCUAAUCUUUUAAAACUCCCUUAUGACCAGACACUAAUGCAAAUACUAACUUUAACACAUCCUCAAGAGUUCACAUUACUUUCGUUGAGCUCAUCGUUGCAUCCACGUCCUUCAGGGUUCACUGAUUCGGCACCGAAGCAGACCUCAGGGAUUACUAGCAAAGGGAAUAGGAGCCAGAUUUACGUUGGUUUAUUACUUGUGCUUUUCUUCGUCCAGUUAAAACUAAAACCCGUAUUCUUUAGCUAACCUAACAAGUAAAAUAGAGCUCUUGUCAAAAUACAGUUUACCACUCAGUUUCGAGAGAGUAGUGGACGGAAAACGACAAUGGAGGGUCAUUUCAUAAAGCCAAACAACUGUUUGAAAAUGUCCUGCUACUGCUUUACGAAUACCUAAAGAAAGAGAAGGAUUGAUAGCAAUUUAUAAGCGAAAAUAUGAAGAUUAGGUCAAUCAGUCACAAUUCUUUCCUUUAAAUACAUCGGGACUGGUUUCAAAGGCUAUUCAUCUUCUGAUUGGUGCUUUUCUCAUUAGCAGUGAAUCAUUCUUAUUAGAUUCUCACUAGAAUUACACACACACACAUAAAAAAAAAAAACUUGAAAAUUCCUAGUAAUUUUCGCUGCAGUCCCUCACUAUGAGUGAUUACAAAAUUGCCUCGCAGAUGACUCCAUGGUCACAUUCUCAUAAGUGUUGUUCUCAUUAACAGUGCAGACUUCUUGUUAGACUCUCACUGGAAUCAUGAAAAGUCCCUUGAAAAUUCAGUAACUUUCACUACAUUUAUAUAGAUAUCUACCUACUUUUGAAUUCAUUUAUUCAUUUUAGUAGAGGCAAUAAUUCUAUGAGCUUUUCUUCAUAACUUUAUAUGCACCAACACCUGGCUAAAAACUUUUAUCAUUUUUUUUAUAAUUAUAUGUUUUCACUUGUGCGGGAGAUCGGCAAGAAGAAAUAAAAAAUAAAAAAAUGAGGUGGAAGAGGAAGUAGAAAGGUUGGCUGUUUAUCACUCCCCAAAAAAUGAUAAGACUUCUAAAACGUAGGCCAUCUGAUACCUGAGAUGUCCUGGUAAAUAAGAACAUCAGAAAAUAAGGGAAGCUGCAGGAGGCUGUCAGACUUACAUGUGGCAGACCUUAUGUUAAAGCAUGCCGACCUGUUUGCAAGUAUCAUUCUCAUCCACACACAUGUGUGUCGUCUAUAAUGAUUCAGCAUUAACAGUCUAAUUACUUGGUCUAUUCCAUUCAUUCACCAAUCUAGUUAAGAACCGAUACCUUCCCAGCUCGUUUUUAAAUCUGACUCACUCAAGCUUGACCUUGUCUUUUGAUUUAUCCUGAUCAUUCUUGAGGCAAUUCAAGUAACAGUGGGGGAAAACAGAUGCAAGUAAGGAAUAUCAUAUCUAUAUCACAUAUAAUCCUUCUCUCCUGACUAUACUCAUUUAUCAUUGUCUUAACAUCUCUAGACUAAAAAACUUGGGACAAUAAUGACUCCACCUCGUGUUUGCUCAUCAGAAUUGUUUUUUUAAAGGCCACGGAGAUUAUCAGGAGUGUUUUUAUGGUGUUUUUUUCCUCCGUUGAUGCAGAAUUGGCGUCAUAUUUCCACUAGAGGUAUGACUAUUUUCAAAGGCCACAGCGACGAUGAGUCAGGUUUUCAUACUUGUUUUAUCUCCCUCGAUGAUGCAGAAUUAUUGUUGUGCUCUCGCUAGGAUAAUGAAAACACUCUUGAAAAAAGAAGAGACGAAAGACUUCUACAACUGGAUAAUGAAAACACUCUUAAAAAAAAAAAUAGACUUCUACAACUACUGCUGUUAAAUCUCAGAAACACAACGAGGUGAUCAGAACAGAACUAUAAUAUGUUCCAGUAGCACUUGUACUUACUUUCUAUCUUAAUUACUCUUUAUAUAUAUUUACUUACAUUUUUUUUUUUUCAGUGUUUGCUUAUUUGCAUUUUAUUUCUCUUGUUUUUUUUUUUUUUUUUUUUACACUUGGGAAGAAAGGGAGAGAAAAAAAAGAAAAGAAAGAUAAAAAGAGAACCGUGUUUGGUGUUCCGUGUUUCCGUGUUCCGUGGAUAGCAUCGACACACACACACACACACACACACACACACACACACACACACACACACAGACGGUAUCAUAACAACAAAAAUCGAUCUCUUCUGUUUGUUGGCUUCAGUGUGAGAGAGAGAGAGAGAGAGAGAGAGAGAGAGAGAGAGAGAGAGAGAGAGAGAGAGAGAGAGAGAGAGAGAGAGAGAGAGAGAGAGAGAGAGAGAGAGAGAGAGA